UAAUCAUGACCUGUGACCUCAUAGGGAUCCUGUAAUGACGGUGUAAACAUUUAUCUAAACCACUGCAACUGCUGCCUGGCACUUUAGCAAAAAUGGCCAAGCAGCUUCCAGCACGCCUUCCAACAGCAGAGGUGGUGCUCUAUGUUUUCUCCUGGACAGGCAUAUGUCUUUAUGCUUCAUAUCAAACGUACUGUGUAUGCAAAGAAAAUGAGUAUAUCAUGAACACAGAUGAUUUUAAUCAAGGUUGGAAGAUACUAGGAGGACGAACGAAGGAUAUCUCGAAUUAUGAGUGGCAUUUCUGGUCCACCUGGUUUUGGCAUGUACUACCAUGGUAUUGCAGCCACAUGCUGUUAGGCCGGCUGGUGGACAGGUUCUGCUGCAAGUACAAGGAGCAUUUCUACUUGAUUCAUUCACUGUGUGCUCUUGUCCACGUGAUGGGACCGCUGUCUGUUGGAUACUUGGUCAUACACUGUGUAAUAAUGUACUGUGUAUCACAACUGAGAAGAACAGCCGCAUGCUGGUCUGUCAGUUUAGUGCUUCUUUCCGCACUCAACAUCUCGGCUUUCCAUGAUUUGCAGAAAGCAUACAUGAAAUUUCAAUCAGAGGAACAUUUCUACCAGCUGUUGUUUACCACAGCAAUGAUGAAUCUUCGCUACACUAGUGUAUCAAUAGAAUAUUCGAAAAGGCCGCAGCCAACUUCUAGGUUGAAAGACAUGCUUAGUUUCUUUGCUUACUGUUUCUACCUACCACUGUUUUUUACUGGCCCUCUGCUUACAUAUGAUUUAUACGAAAUUCAGAUGAAACAAACAGCAAGAAUAUGGACUAAAGACAAGAUAUUCUACAUCAUUAGGGAAUUCAUGAGAGUCAUGUUCUGGGCUACAUAUCUAGAGCUCAUUCUUCAUUUCUACCACUUCAAUGCAUUGAUCUUUGACCUUUAUACUGUCAAGAGCAUGGGUAGAUGGCCGCUUGGUGGCUUGGGUUGGUCUCAUGGUCAGUUCUUCCAUGUAAAAUAUGUGGUGAUGUUUGGGCUGCCUGGAACUGUUGCUAAAGUGGAUGGACUAGAUCCGCCUCAUCAACCCAAAUGUAUUUCCCGCAUCCAUCUGUACUCAGACAUGUGGAAAUACUUUGAUCGUGGAUUGUACAGUUAUUUAAAAAGAUAUAUCUAUAUUCCAGUAGGUGGUGCACCGGACAGAUACUUGAACAAAUUUCUCGCGUCCGCCAUGUGCUUUCUCUACAUAUACUACUGGCAUGGAAUGUACGAUUACUUGGUCGUCUGGUGCUCUCUGAACUUCAUUGGCGUAUCAGUAGAAGCUAUAGCCAAUCUCAUUUGCAGCUCGGCUAGUGGCAAGAGACUCAAGGAGUAUGUGUCAGCAGCUAUGUGGCGUAGAAUGAAGGCAGCCAUCAACGCCCCUCUCCUCGCUAUUUGCAUCAUGUCAAACUUCUACUUCUUCAUGGGCAACGAAGUCGGACAAGUGUUCUUCCACAAACUUGUCCUCUACGGAACACUGCCGUCGUACGCCGUCGUUCUCUAUUCUAUGUACUGCCUCGGUCAGAGCUCGAUGGAAUCGGAGCGGUGGGAGGACGCUGUGUGCUGGUGGGACAGUGACAAGCGACAUCUUCUCAGCUCAACGAGUGCAGAUAUGGAUGGAAAGCAUUGUCCGUCCAAAAGUGAAUCGAAACGGCAAUAGUUAAGGCAUCACUAGAUUUAUUUUACCUAUCCGCGCAAGGCAGCAAGGGCGGCGGAACGUAUUUAAUUUGGGGGGGGGGGGCAAAGCCAAAAAAGGGCACGUAUACGCAUUAUGUAUUUAUUGAAAAUAACAUAAUGAACAUAAUUAACAUGAUUAACAUAAGAGUAACUAUAAAAUUCAUUAAA